AUGGCAUCGUCCUCGUCACCGUCGUUCCCCCGCCACGAGGGCCACAGCAUGGACGGCAUGGGCGACAUGGGCAACUCGUCCACGUCGGGCGGCCACGACGGCUCCAUGGGCUCCAUGAUGAUGGCCAUGGUCUUCCAGACGCAAACGGCCACGCCGCUCUACUCGAGCGCGUGGACGCCCGGCAGCGCGGGCGCCUACGCCGGCACCUGCAUCUUCCUCGUGGUGCUCGCCGUCGUGGCCCGCCUGCUGCUCGCGGCGCGCGCCCUCCAGGAGGCCCGCUGGCUGGACCGCGACCUCGGCCGCCGCUACGUCGCCGCCCCCGGCAAGGCGUCGCUCGCGGAGGCGCUCUCGCGCGACCCGGACGCCAAGCAGCACGUCGCGCUGUCGGUCAACGGCGUCGAGGAGUCGGUCUGCGUCGUGGAGCGGAGGGGCCACGUCGCGCGCCCGUGGCGGUUCAGCGUCGACCCUGUCCGCGCUGUCAUGGACACGGUCAUUGUGGGCGUCGGAUACCUGCUAAUGUUGGCCGUCAUGACCAUGAAUGUCGGCUACUUCAUGUCCGUCCUUGCGGGCGUCUUCAUCGGCAGCCUCGCCGUCGGUCGCUACAGCGGCGUGGGCGAGCACUAG